GAGCUGCCCCACCUGUGACCUUGGUGUCCUAUCCCCCAUCCAGUAUUCUCAGAUCACCCCUAAACCUGGGCUUGACCCUCAGGGGCAGCGCGGCGGGAGCUGCCUUGUCUGUGGGUGCUGGCUGGAUGCUGGGCUCGGGCCAGCCCCUGUGACCCUGGCUUGUCUGCCACCCCCAGACAUUGCCGAGGAGGUAGGCUGCCCCCUGUCCUGCGCAGUCAGCAAGAGGCGGCCUGAGUGUGAGGAGUGCGGCGGCCUGGGUUCUCUGACAGGCAGAUGCGAGUGGAGGCAGGGAGAUGGCAAAGGGAUCACCAGAAACUUCUCCACCUGCUCCCCCAGCACCAGGACCUGCCCUGAUGGCCACUGCGAUGCUGUGGAGAGCCAGGACAUCAACAUCUGCCCCCAGGACUGCCUCCGAGGCAGCAUUGUUGGGGGGCACGAGCCAGGGGAGCGCCGAGGAAUUAGAGCUGGCUACGGCACCUGCAACUGCUUCCCAGAGGAGAAAAAGUGCUUCUGCGAGCCAGAGGACAGCCAGGGCCCCCUCUGUGAUGAGCUGUGCCGUACGGUAAUUGCAGCUGCCGUCCUCUUCUCCUUCAUCGUUUCUGUCCUACUGUCUACCUUCUGUAUCCACCGCUACCACAAACAUGCCCACAAACCACCCAUCGCCUCUGCUGAGAUGACCUUCUGCCGACCCGCCCAGGCCUUCCCAGUCAGCUACUCCUCAUCUGGUGCCCGCCGGCCAUCACUGGACUCCAUGGAGAACCAGGUCUCUGUGGACACCUUCAAGAUCCCGGAGGAUCCAAAGUGGGAAUUUCCUCGGAAGAACUUGGUUCUUGGGAAAACCCUGGGAGAAGGCGAGUUUGGAAAAGUGGUCAAGGCAACAGCCUUCCGUCUGAAGGGCAGAGCAGGGUACACCACAGUAGCCGUGAAGAUGCUGAAAGAGAACGCCUCCCCAAGUGAGCUGCGGGAUCUCCUGUCAGAGUUCAACCUCCUGAAGCAAGUCAACCAUCCACAUGUCAUCAAGCUGUAUGGCGCCUGCAGCCAGGACGGGCCACUCCUGCUUAUUGUGGAGUAUGCCAAGUAUGGCUCCCUGCGGAGUUUCCUCCGAGACAGCCGCAAGGUGGGACCUGGCUACGUGGGUAGCGGAGGCAGCCGCAAUUCCAGCUCACUAGAUCAUCCAGAUGAGCGGGCGCUGACCAUGGGUGACCUCAUCUCCUUUGCCUGGCAGAUCUCAAGGGGCAUGCAGUACCUGGCCGAGAUGAAGCUCGUCCAUCGGGACUUGGCAGCCAGGAACAUCCUGGUUGCUGAGGGGCGGAAGAUGAAGAUUUCAGAUUUUGGUCUGUCCCGGGAUGUUUAUGAAGAGGAUUCCUACGUGAAGAGGAGCAAGGGCCGGAUUCCUGUCAAGUGGAUGGCGAUUGAGUCCCUUUUCGAUCACAUCUAUACCACCCAAAGUGAUGUGUGGUCCUUCGGGGUCCUGCUGUGGGAAAUUGUGACCCUAGGGGGCAACCCCUACCCUGGGAUUCCUCCAGAGCGGCUCUUCAACCUUCUGAAGACAGGCCACCGAAUGGAAAGGCCGGACAACUGCAGUGAGGAGAUGUACCGUCUGAUGCUGCAGUGCUGGAAGCAGGAACCAGACAAGAGGCCAGUAUUUGCUGAUAUCAGCAAAGACCUAGAGAAGAUGAUGGUCAAGAGCAGAGACUAUUUGGACCUUGCUGCAUCUACCCCAUCUGACUCGCUGCUCUAUGAUGAUGGUCUCUCAGAAGAGGAGACGCCCCUGGUGGACUGUAAUAACGCUCCUCUCCCGCGCACGCUCCCUUCCACAUGGAUUGAAAACAAACUCUAUGGUAGAAUUUCACAUGCAUUUACUAGAUUCUAGCAACAUGUGCCCUCUGCACUAUCCUCACUGUCUGUAAUGCUUUUUAAGAGUGUUUCUGAUCUGA